UGUAGCUGUCGUGAACUGUAAAUAUUUGACGGCAAGCCAUAUUCCAGUCCGUCCAUCGAGACUACACGUGAAAGUAGAAAACCCGUAAGUUAAAGGGCUGAUCCGCGGUUUUCAUCCAGUGGUUGAGAAGAGUUUGUGGUUCCGGUGAAGCACCAGUCCAGCAGAAUGCUGUAUCUGAUCGGCCUGGGUCUGGGAGAUGCCGCGGACAUCACGGUGAAGGGUCUGGAGGCGGUGAGGAGCUGCUCCAGGGUUUACCUGGAGGCCUACACCUCGGUCCUGACCGUGGGGAAGGAGGCUCUGGAGCAGUACUAUGGGAAGCAGCUGAUCCUGGCGGACAGAGAUCUGGUUGAACAGGGGGCUGAUGAGAUCCUGAAGGAUGCUGAUGUGGCUGAUGUGGCGUUCCUGGUGGUGGGCGACCCGUUCGGAGCCACCACCCACAGUGACCUGGUCCUGAGAGGAGUGAAUGCUGGGAUACCGUACAAAAUCAUCCACAACGCCUCCAUCAUGAACGCCGUGGGCUGCUGUGGUCUGCAGCUGUAUAACUUUGGCGAGACGGUGUCGUUGGUGUUCUGGACGGAGACGUGGAGACCAGAAAGUUUCUACGACAAGAUCUGUAAAAACAGAAGAGCUGGACUACACACACUCUGUCUGCUGGACAUCAAAGUGAAAGAGCAGAGCAUCGAGAACAUGAUGAGAGGGAAGAAGAUCUAUGAGCCUCCUCGCUUCAUGACGGUCAGCCAGGCGGCAGAUCAGUUGAUCCAGAUCAUCCAGAGGAAGAGGGAGGAGGGGGAGGAGCUAGGUGUGACAGAGGACACAGUGUGUGUGGGCGUGGCCCGACUCGGCGCAGAUGACCAGACGAUCCGUGUGGCGACGUUGCGUCAGCUGUUGUCAUGUGACCUGGGCGCUCCGCUCCACUCACUGGUCGUGACGGCUCAACUCCACCCGCUGGAGGUGGAAAUGCUGCGAGUGAACGCAGAACCAAACGCACUGGAGCACCUGCACAUGAUCGACAGCUCCACCUACACCUCAUAACACACACCUGUCUGUCUGUGUGACCUGGAGUCAAGAGGACCAGCAGCCUUACCCAACAGAGUCCUCAGUGAUGGUUUAGACCUGGACCUCACACAGACACAGCUGCAGGACUCUGAGGUUGAAAGCAACAUCUGGACCAGAUGUUUGAUCCAGUUUGACUGUUAAAUUACACACAUUUUACACUUUAAUGUCGACUUGAUCCAGUUUGUCUCUGGUGAUGAUGAUGUCAGAGCAUCUGAUCAGCUGUGAUCUGUCCUCACACACCAGGUAUCUGUGUCUUUGUGACAUAAUGAAUCAGUCGAGUCAGUUUUCCUGAAUGAAUCUGAUUUAAUGUUGAAUAUUGUGGAACUGGUUUCACCUGUGAUCUGGAUCACAUGAAAACACGUGAGUCCAAAAACCUCCAAGAACUUAAAGAGUCCCUCCCCCCAUGUCUCCCAUGUAAUCAGUAUAAAGAUGUGAUAACUGGUUCCUAUAACUUCAGCUCACACCUGUGCUGAUAAUUGCUCAGGUGUGAUCAGAUCACAGGUGACACCAGGUGAAAAGGUUUGACAACAAUUUAAUAAACAUCUGACACAGAAACCUUGUUA